CGUGACAUCCUGGUGGACGGUUUUGUUUUCAGGAUGAAUAACGCCAUAAGCGGUUUUUUAAAACAAACCGUUUGAGCGCGUCUCGAGCGCUCCGCUUGGCUGAAUUAUUGAUAUUUGGAGGGAUCUUUCCGAAGGGCAUCGGGGAAGUGUGCUGAAUAAAGCCCCGCUUGGUUUUGUCCUGACGGAUGAAACAUAAGAGAAAGCACUGACAUUACCCGUCGAGCCUGCGUUUCAACCCAUGGGUGUGAGAUGACAUUGGGGAUACUUUAGCGGGACACUGAGCGCGGACGUCGUGCGUAGGAAAAUGCAUCUUUGGAUCGCUUGUGUUUUGCUGAGCGCCAUCUCUGUAUGUAGAGCAGGGAUGUCUGAUGAUGGGAUUUGUGAACAACUAUGUGCAUGUGACGAGAGAGAGGGGCUACUCACUGUGAGCUGUGAAAACAGAGGAAUUGGGAGCAUCGCUGAAAUAAACCCACUGAACUUCCCGCAGUAUCAUCUGCUGCUCACUGGGAAUUUUUUAAGAAAGCUCACCACCAACGACUUUUUCGAAUAUCGAGGACUCGCCAUAUUGCAUUUGGGAAAUAAUGAGAUAGCCGAGGUGGAAGGUGGAGCGUUUAAUGGACUCCAGGGAUUAAAACGAUUACAUCUGAACAAUAACAAAAUUGAUGGCUUGAAGGAGGAGAUGUUCUGGGGCCUUGAAAGUCUGGAGUAUCUGCAGCUUGAUUAUAAUUAUAUCACUCAAGUGGCCCCCAAUGCCCUCGGCCGACUUCGACACCUGGAGGUGUUGAUUCUGAAUGACAACUUGAUAUCCAGUCUGCCUGUGAACAUCUUCCGGCAAGUCCCACUGACUCAUCUGGACUUGAGGGGAAAUCAGCUGAAAGUGCUCCCCUACUCGGGUCUGCUGGAGCACAUGAACAGCGUGGUGGAGCUGCAGCUGGAGGAAAACCCGUGGAACUGCUCCUGUGACCUGAUUGCCCUUAAAACAUGGCUGGAGAGCAUUUCAUACACGGCGUUGGUGGGCGAUGUCGUUUGCGAGUUCCCCUUCCGCCUCCACGGGAGGGAUCUCGACGAGGUCUCCAAGCAAGAGUUGUGUCCCAGAAGAGCCAUCGCUGAAUACGAGAUGCCGCCGCAGCCACAUUUGAGCACAGACGGCAACUACAGGAGCACGCCGGCCCUUGCUACGGCCUCCUUAACCUCAUCUGGCAUUGCGAGGUCCUCGUCGAGGCCCACCAAGGGACCUCGGCAGUCGGGUAAAUUAAAAUCGAGACCAACUUCUCGACUAGCGGCAAACAAACCUCAGAAUUAUGGCCAAAUUAUUUCAUAUCAAACAAAGUCUCCUGUGCCUUUGGACUGCCCGUCCACCUGCACUUGCAACCUUCAGAUUUCAGACCUCGGCCUCAACGUCAACUGCCAGGAGCGAAAGAUCGAGCACAUUUCCGAUUUAGAACCCAAACCUUACAACCCCAAAAAGAUGUAUCUCACUGGGAAUUAUAUCCCUGUGGUGCGGAGAACGGAUUUCAUUGAGGCAACCGGAUUAGAUUUGCUUCAUCUCGGCAACAAUCGCAUAGCUCAAAUCCAUGACAGAGCUUUUGGUGAUUUGACUCAUCUCAGGAGACUCUACCUUAAUGGGAAUUUGAUAGACCAUCUUACCGCGGAUAUCUUCUAUGGACUAGAGAGUCUGCAGUUCCUAUAUUUAGAAUACAACGUCAUUAAGGAAGUCACCGCAGACACAUUCCAGCAUGUCCCUAAACUGCAGCUCCUGUUUUUAAACAACAACCUCUUGAAAACAUUACCGGUGGGAGCGUUUCGCAGCCUCACAUUGGCUCGGCUCAAUCUUCGCAGCAACCACCUGCGAUAUCUGCCGGUCAGCGGCGUGCUCGAUCAGCUGACAGCACUGGUGCAGGUGGAUUUGUACGAGAACCCCUGGGAUUGCUCGUGCAGCAUUCUCGACUUAAAGAUGUGGCUAGAGCAGCUCAGCACGGGCACGGUCGUCAACAAUGUCAUCUGUGGCUCGCCCAAGAGGCUCGCUGGGGAAGACAUGAGAUACAUCAAGACAGCUAAUUUCUGCCCUAAUAACUCGGCCGUACUGGCGUCCAUGAUCCCCCCCUCGGAGGAAUCCUUCCCUGGCAGCACCAUCACCAUAGAAACGUCACUGGACUCCGACACACAGUACGGUGCCAUCCCUUUAUCCGUGAUGAUUCUUGCCCUCCUGCUCAUGUUCAUUACGUGCGUGUUCGUGGCUGCAGGACUGUUUGUAACAAUGAGAAAGAGACACCUAAAGAGUCAAAACGAGCAGAAUAACUCCAUGAAUGCUUGUAUUAGCUCUCUCAACAUGGAGUACGGACUGUACAAAAAGGGAUCCGUCCCAAAGGUCAGAACAUCAGCCGGACACGUGUAUGAGUAUAUUCCAUCCCCCUCGGAGCAAACGUGCAGAACUUCAGGCCACGCUUCCGCCGACAGCAAAUGCGCCGAGGGAUUUCGGGACUUCGACGAGUUAAGCGGCGCCUUCCUGGGCAACUCGGAUGAAGAAGCAGCGGGUAAUGUAAUAGGCUCGCAAUACGGCACCACCGCUUCGGAGCCUCUAAAAAAGCCCUCCUGCGUGAAACAAGAUGAUCCGUUGUACUACAGAGAAGUCCUCGAUCCCGAGCAGAAGCCCCGCUACAGCCAUACGCUACCUUGCAGGCAUGCGGCACGUCCAGCCAGUCAGUACGCAUCAGACUUUGAGGCAAGGCCACAGUACGUGCAUCCUGACAGAGUACAACAGACAGUAGUGUACUGCACAACGCCAAGUACUGUUUAUGUGGAGCCAAACAGGAGCGAAUAUUGGGAACUGAAGGCAAAGCUUCACAUUGAUCCGGAUUACCUUGAGGUUCUUGAAAAAAGAACAACAUUUACACAGUUUUAAGUGACUCGAAUGGCUGACAAACACGUUGUUGAUUCAGGACUUUAGAGUUCAAGACAGAGGAAUAAUUCGACGGCAUCUUCAUUGGUACAACGGAUUAUGAGCUGCAGCCUGAAUUUGUGUAAAGCUCAAGCUUUGCAGCACUGAGCAAUAACUUUUGUUCGCAUCAAUAUGUCAGCUGAUCCAAUCAGAAGUACAUCUACUUGUAUUGAAAACACUUUGACAUCUGAACAAUGCAUAUGGACUAUAUAGUUUCGAGUCCCUCGUGACUUUGUUGUUUUAAAUCGAACUGAUACUAUUGUCAUUUCUGGAUUUGAUGAAAUGUCAAAAAAUAGUAUUUUGUACGGGACAACAACAUAACCACAGAGAAACCCAUAAUUCUGCAUUUUUUGGGGGGGGGGUUUCCUUUUACAUUCCUCCAUAGUCAUCACAAAAAUGUAAGGUUUCAUAAAAAAGUCAUUAGUAGAAAGACGGGCAAACGUUGGGCAUUAUUUUUGCCAAUGAAUUUGUUAAUAUGCCCUAAAACUCGAGUCUAAGGAGUUUCAAAGUGUGAGACAAAGAGCCUCCUUCAGUGAACAUAAAAUGGCCCUCCCCGACUUUUACCACAGUGAAUCUAACAGCAAAAUGAUUCAUGACUGUGCACCGUGCAUACUGCUGUUUUUAUUGCAGUCUCCACAUGCGAUGAUAGUCCUUUUAAUAACAGCGUUCCUUAAAAUGAUUUCCUGGAGCAUACUCUGUGGAGUUUGCCGCUCGCUAGGAACGAUCAACUCAAUCCAUCCGUUCCGAACUUUGCUGAGUCGGUUCACAAAAAAUAGUCUUAUUUUUCUCAAGCUGCAGCCACCUCUCCUCUCGAGGCCCCGUGGCUCGCCCCAGAUGAGGCAAAAAAAAAAAAAAAAAAAAACUCAUAUUGUGAACACAUCGAUGUACUACUAUUGAUUUUGAAGUGAAAUAAAUCCUACUUUGAAAACUUCACCAAAACUGAUGCAAAAUGAUGUUUAAAAUCUUACAACUGUGGCAAUAUAUCGUCAAAUAUUUUCAGUGCAGCAUGUCCACCAUCUUUGUGGAGGAUUUUGCCGCAGGACUCACCAAUUUGUUUUUGUUUUUUAAUCAAGUUCUGUCAAGUGUACAGAGUCUUCCAAAAAAUGUUAACAUAAACUGAAAUAUGAAUAUCUGAGUAACGACGUAGCUUAGGCAAACAAGCAAAAUGAAACAGGCCUCACGUUGAAAAACAAAGGAUAGAGAUUUUAGAAGCGAUUUCAUAAAGCAACACAAAAAACAUUUUCCUUUUUACCUUCCUCUUUGAAUUUUUCUGUGCCAUGUCCAAAUCUGGUUUCCAGUUGAUGUAUGUUUUGUGAAUUUCCUUGAAAAUGCAUGUUGCACACACUUGUUUGACUGCGUUUGAGCAUAUUCUUACACGCACAAUUGCUUUUCUUUGCUCAUGACUGUAUUUCUUUACCCUGAAAAACUGUAAAACAAAAUUCAACCUAUAUAUUAAGCAUACAGUAAGUUUGAUAAAUUUGUUAGAUUUUACACAUCUUCAUAUUGGCUAUGUUAUUAGAUUACAAAGGUAUAUGUCUUUUUUUUUUUUUUGGAACAACCUGUAUUAAAAGGGGAGUUAACUCUGUUAAAGUUGCGAGCAAGAUUUUAACGGAGCUUGACCUUCACUGACCCUUCCCCUGUCGAGUCUCUGACCAAAACUAAGCCCCUGACUAACGUGCACGAGACGUGCACUUGCAAACAAGCCGACGCUUGUCACUGUCGAAAGAACCAACAAAAUGAAACAUUUGCGCUGUUGGAUGUUGUUGCCCCAAACAGCAAUUCUUUGGGAUUAAGCAUUGCUUUGUUCUGUUCUUGUCAUGAUGGUCACACGUUUGACACUGAUAUGAUGUAGAUCAGACUAAAGAGUAACAAACUGUAUUUUCUUUGAAUCUCCAUCACAUUUUGCUCUUUGCUGACUCCUGCUUGAAUCAAUAUAUAUAUA